AAAAAAAGUUCUUAGCUGAAUGUACUUGCAUCUUCAAAAAAAAAAAUUGUUUUUAUAUUUCGAAAAUUGUGGUGACAUUACAUGUUGAACAAUUCUUCCAUAAGUUAAGUGUGGCUAAUGAAAAAUCGUUGAGAUCCAGAAUUUCAACAUUUCAAUGAAAAUUUUUUUUUGGAAAAUGUUUUAAGCUUUCGUAUAGUUAACCUGCAAUCAUUAUUUUCAAAAAAAGCGAAACAACAUUAAUUUAUUUCAUCGAAAAUUCACUAAAAUUCAAAUUAAAUUUAACAAACCCAAACAUGCUCAAGAGAUUUUAAAUGCAAAGGAAUGCAUAUUUAAUUAAUUUCAGCUGAAUGCUCUUAAAUUAUUUUUUUAAUUUUUUUGAAAAUAUAUUUUUGCUCCUGGUUUUUCGAGUCAAUUUUUUAAUAAUGGUGGAGGGGUGGGUUGAUCGACGAAAGCUUUGUAAAAUAUUUGCUGCAAACUUGAUCCUCCGAUUUCCACAUUUUGUCUGCCUGAAUCAGUUGAUAGUCAAUCAGAUUCGUUAUCUAACUGUAAUGAGUUCGAAUCCCUUAUGAAGUGCAAUGUAAGAUUGAGGGUGACUUGCAAAUUAAUAAAGAAAACUUUUUUUUUGCAUCUAUUACAGAAUUCUACCAAAGGCAAACUUGAACGUCUUUUUGAUAUUUCUAAAAAUGUUUGAUGAAAGUUUUGACGACAUUUACUAGUUUCACUCACAUUGAAACGUGUGAAAUUGUUUUAAUUAUAAAAUAGGUCGUACAUGUUGUUUCAUUUGCAGCAAGCCUCAACUCUACUCGUUUUCAGGAACGCCCACGAAAUGGAACUAACGUGCGCCGACAUCAUGCUGCUGUGUGACCUGUUUUAUCUGCCGUUCGAGCACGACAGCAAAGCCCUACAGCUGUUGGCCGAAUUCCACUGGCUCAAGAUAAAGGCUCAGGUGCUGUUCAAAAACCGGUCGCGCAAGCCAAGCUUGGCGACAACUCGGACGGCGGGGGAUUCGAAAUGUGCAGCCAGUGGCCAGUUCGCCAACUGGUCCACAAGGUUCGAUACUUCCCAGUGCCGAUUGUUGUGUCUUUGUUCCGACGACAACGGCUUAACUGGUGGAAAACAAAAGAUCCAGCAGCACCUAACAGAACUAUUUGCUACAGUGAUCGUGGACGUCGUUGGGGCAUCCCCUACGCCAUCCUAGAAGGAGUUGAUGGGUUCGAACUCACCGGAUAACUUGGAAAAUUCGCUCGAAAGCAAUGGGAGGAAAAGCAACGGAUCAUAUAAUGCCGUAAUUAGGCCUCAACCAAGUUGUCGUUUCCUAACCCUAACCAAUUCUUUCAGGUGAGUACAUUCCGCAUUGUAGUUAUCACUCCCUUAAAAAAGCAUGCGAGAGU